UGCUGUUAAUACCUAAGUAUUUUUACGUUUUAGUGCUAUAAAUACGUCAAUGUUGUACGUUUUUGUGUGUAUGAAAACAUAAGUAAAUGUACGUGUGGUAGAACCACAAUUUACGUAAAAAUACGUUUUCUCAUGAGAUCACGUUGGCUUUUCAUAAAUGACAACAAUUUAAAACUAAUUUGUGCUUGAGUCAAUAAUGAGGUCUUUGCUGGCAUUACAGAAAAAAUGCUCAUCCAUUCAAAAGAAUACCUUGAAAUGUUUAUUUUGUCUCAACCUUUAUAAAAACGAAUGCCAUUGUGGAAAGUGCACAAGCAUUUGCAGUCUCUAUUGAUGUGCAUUGGCAUUCUCCAUUAUGUUUUGUUCUUAAUUCCCAAUACAGUUUUAGUUCUAAUGUGACUAAGCCCUUCCUCUGUGUAACGCAUCCUAACAGACUCCUCCUCUCUACCUGAUCUGGGGUAUAAAGGACACUUAUUUUGUCACAGAUGUGCUCCAUUUGCUCUGAGGCAUUGGCUCAAAUUAGGCUUAUAUCUGCUCCAGUUAUUUUACCAGCAGCUCUUGUAUUGCAUGUAGCUGUCACUGAUCCUUUCAGAAGUCAUGUCUUUAGGGCUGGAGCUCAUAGGUAUUGUGUCAUGUGUGCUGGGUUGGCUCUUGGCCAUUGUGGCUUGUGCUCUUCCCAUGUGGAGGGUCACAGCCUUCAUCGGCUCCAACAUCGUGACGGCUCAGAUCAUCUGGGAUGGUCUGUGGAUGUCCUGUGUGGUUCAGAGUACCGGACAGAUGCAGUGUAAAGUCUAUGACUCCAUGCUGGCCCUCUCUCAGGACCUCCAGGCAGCUCGAGCCCUGACUGUGAUAUCCAUCCUUCUGACCGUCCUGGCUGUAUUGGUGUCCAUCGGGGGAGCCAAGUGCACUAACUGCAUUGAGGAUGAAUCGUCCAAAGCUAAAGUUAUGAUCUUUGGAGGGGUGCUCUUCAUUGUGGCUGGGUUUAUGCAGCUGAUUCCUGUCUCCUGGUCUGCCAACAGUAUCAUUAGGGACUUCUACAACCCUUUGCUGCCAGAUGCCCAGAGACGGGAGCUGGGAGCGGCGCUCUACAUCGGCUGGGCAGCAGCUGCGCUCUUGAUUAUGGGGGGCUCCUUGCUCUGUUGCUCCUGUCCACCACAGGAGAAAAAAUAUAGCCAGUCUAGAAUGCCGUAUCCUGCGUCUCGCUCAACAGGUGGGGGAGGGUAUGACAGAAGAGACUAUGUGUGAAAUAAACAAAGGAGAACUCCGAAUUCAGUGUUUCAGAGGUCAAUAUAUGGACAUCAUUUUCUGGAAAAAAGUGGAAAUAUGCAACACAUACUCCAUCAUGGAAGAACGUGUCUGAUGAAGUUGUUUGAUGUUUUUGGUCCCUAUAUCAGUGCAGUGUUGGCUGUUCAGAAAAUAAGAAGUCACGCACUGACCAUGUGAAAAUGACCUUUCGUAAUUGCUAUGAAAAUGUCAACUAGGACUGUUACUCAACUGCCUGAGGUGUAAAAAGCUGACGUUAUAUUUAUUGGCCAUUUCUUUUUUAGUUUUUUAGGACUAGUUGCACUAAGAUUUUUGGCACAGACAAGUUGACUGUGUGUUUACUAUGUUGGAGAAUUUAAAAUUGUCAUUGUCCUGUUUUCUCAACUAGACACAGGUAAAUUUCCAAUGUAUUCACUUUAUAUGAUUCAAACUGUAAUGUGCAUUUCUUUGUUAUUUAUACAAUAUUUUUCAUCUAGCUGUAGAAAUGGAAUUUGAUAAGGACAUACAUUGUCUUGUACAUGCAUUAUUGUUUCAUAAACACUUGCUGCCACUUAAAAUUGUAUUCUAAAAAUUAAAAUAACUAAACUGAACUAAAAACUGGCCCUAAGAUCAUUUAAGAGGGCUAUUG